AUGGCGGCGGCGGCGGGUCCCCCUCCGCCGGGUCCGCCGCAGCCGCCUCCGCCGCCGCCGCCUGAGGAGUCGUCCGACAGCGAGCCCGAGGCGGAGCCCGGCUCCCCGCAGAAGCUCAUCCGCAAGGUGUCCACGUCGGGCCAGAUCCGCCAGAAGACCGUCAUCAAAGAGGGGAUGCUGACCAAACAGAACAACUCAUUCCAGCGAUCAAAAAGGAGAUACUUUAAGCUUCGAGGGCGAACGCUGUACUAUGCAAAAACUGCCAAGUCGAUCAUAUUUGAUGAGGUGGACCUGACAGACGCCAGCGUGGCUGAAUCCAGCACUAAAAACGUCAACAACAGCUUUACGGUCAUCACUCCAUGUAGGAAACUCAUCCUAUGUGCAGAUAACAGAAAAGAGAUGGAAGACUGGAUCGCAGCACUGAAGACGGUCCAGAGCAGGGAGCACUUUGAGCCUACCCAGUACAGCAUGGACCACUUCUCAGGGAUGCACAACUGGUACGCCUGCUCCCACGCGAGGCCCACCUACUGCAAUGUGUGCCGAGAGGCUCUGUCUGGGGUCACGUCCCACGGACUGUCCUGUGAAGUGUGUAAGUUUAAGGCCCACAAACGCUGUGCUGUGCGUGCGACCAGUAACUGCAAGUGGACCACGCUGGCCUCCAUCGGGAAGGACAUCAUCGAGGACGAGGACGGGAUCGCCAUGCCUCACCAGUGGCUGGAGGGGAACCUGCCCGUGAGCGCCAAGUGCACGGUGUGCGACAAGACCUGCGGCAGCGUGCUGCGUCUGCAGGACUGGCGCUGCCUCUGGUGCAAGGCCAUGGUGCACACGGCGUGUAAAGAAUCCUUACUGACCAAGUGCCCGCUGGGCCUGUGCAAAGUGUCGGUCAUCCCGCCCACCGCUCUCAACAGCAUCGAUUCCGAUGGCUUCUGGAAGGCCACGUGUCCUCCAUCCUGCACGAGUCCAUUGUUGGUCUUCGUCAAUUCAAAAAGUGGGGACAACCAGGGUGUGAAGUUCCUCAGAAGAUUCAAGCAGCUGCUGAACCCUGCCCAGGUCUUUGACCUCAUGAAUGGAGGACCACACCUUGGCCUACGCUUGUUCCAGAAGUUUGAUACGUUCCGGAUUCUGGUUUGCGGUGGAGAUGGCAGUGUUGGUUGGGUCCUCUCUGAAAUCGACAGCCUCAACCUUCACAAACAGUGUCAGCUGGGAGUGCUGCCCCUCGGCACAGGGAAUGACCUGGCUCGCGUGUUAGGCUGGGGCUCAGCCUGUGACGACGACACCCAGCUCCCACAGAUCUUGGAGAAGCUGGAAAGGGCCAGCACCAAGAUGCUGGACAGGUGGAGCGUCAUGGCCUACGAGACCAAACUCCCCCGGCCGGCCUCCUCUUCCACUGUCACCGAAGACUUGAGUGAGGGCUCCGAGGUGCAGCAGAUCCUCUUCUAUGAAGACUCGGUCGCGGCCCAUCUCUCUAAGAUCCUGACCUCCGACCAGCACUCGGUGGUGAUCUCAUCGGCCAAAGUGCUCUGCGAGACCGUGAAGGACUUCGUGGCUCGGGUGGGGAAGGCCUACGAGAAGACCACCGAGAGCUCGGAGGAGUCGGAGGUCAUGGCCAAGAAGUGCUCUGUCCUGAAAGAGAAGCUGGAUUCUCUCCUCAAGACCCUGGAUGACGAGUCCCAGGCCUCGUCCUCUCUGCCCACGCCGCCCCCCACCAUCGCUGAGGAGGUGGAAGACGGGGAGGGGGCGGGCAGCAGCUGUGGCUCCGGCUCCACCGGGGACCGCGCCGUGGGGUCAGCCUGCCCAGCCCGGCCGCAGAUAUUCCGUCCUCGGGAGCAGCUCAUGCUGAGAGCCAACAGCCUGAAGAAGGCGAUUCGCCAGAUCAUAGAGCACACAGAGAAAGCUGUGGACGAGCAGAACGCCCAGACCCAAGAGCAGGAGGGGUUCAUCUUAGGUCUCUCCGCGUCGGAGGAGGAGAAGGACCUGAAACCGGACGACAGAGCGUGCCACGGCGAGGGCCACGGCGCCGCCAAGGGCAGGAGCCUCCGCAGAGUGUCCAAAUCCCCGUGCGAAAAGCUGAUAAGCAAAGGAAGCUUGUCCCUGGGCGGUUCUGCCUCUCUUCCUUCGCAGUCAGGAAACCGGGACAGCCUGCCAGCACUGAACACGAAGAUCCUGUUCCCGAAUGUUCGCGCUGGGAUGUCUGGUUCCUUGCCUGGAGGUUCAGUCAUCAGUCGAUUAUUAAUUAAUGCCGAUCCCUUUAACUCCGAACCAGAAAACCUAGAGUAUUACACAGAGAAGUGCGUCAUGAACAAUUACUUUGGCAUCGGCCUGGAUGCGAAGAUCUCCCUGGACUUCAACAACAAGCGUGACGAGCACCCAGAGAAGUGCAGGAGUCGAACCAAGAACAUGAUGUGGUAUGGAGUCCUUGGCACCAGAGAGCUGCUGCACAGAACCUACAAGAACCUGGAGCAGAAGGUCCUGCUGGAGUGUGACGGGCGACCCAUCCCACUGCCCAGUCUCCAGGGAAUUGCUGUCCUCAACAUUCCCAGCUAUGCUGGAGGGACCAACUUCUGGGGGGGCACCAAGGAGGACGAUACCUUUGCAGCCCCGUCAUUCGAUGACAAGAUCUUGGAGGUGGUCGCAGUGUUCGGCAGCAUGCAGAUGGCCGUCUCCCGUGUCAUAAAGCUGCAGCAUCACCGAAUUGCUCAGUGUCGCACGGUGAAGAUCUCCAUCCUGGGGGAUGAGGGCGUACCUGUGCAGGUGGAUGGAGAGGCCUGGAUCCAGCCGCCAGGGUACAUUCGGAUUAUCCACAAGAACCGGGCCCAGACGCUCACCAGGGACCGGGCCUUUGAGAACACCCUGAAGUCCUGGGAGGACAAGCAGAAGUGUGAGCUGCCCCGCCCUCCGCCUUUCUCUCUGCACCCGGAGAUCCUGUCCGCGGAGGAAGCCGACCAGAUGGACCGGUUUGGGCGGGCAGCGGGGGCCCUCAUCCACAGUAUCCGGGAAAUAGCGCAGUCCCACCGAGACGUGGAGCAGGAGCUCGCCCACGCCGUCAACGCCAGCUCCAAGUCCAUGGACCGAGUGUACGGCAGGCCCAGGACCACAGAGGGGCUGAGCUGCAGCUUCGUGCUGGAGAUGGUGAAUAACGUCAGAGCUCUGCGCAGUGAGACGGAGCUGCUGCUGGCGGGGAAGCUGGCCCUGCAGUUGGACCCCCCUCAGAAGGAACGGCUCACGGCUGCCCUCGUCGAGAUGGGCCAGCAGCUCAGGAAGCUGGCGGACACCCCCUGGCUGUGCCAGCCCGUGGAACCUGGUGAGGAAGAGAACGUGAUGCUGGAUCUUUCCAAGCGCAGCCGCAGCGGUAAAUUCCGCCUGGUGACCAAGUUUAAGAAGGAGAAGAAUAACAAGAACAGAGAAGCUCGCAGCAGCCUGGGAGCCCCGGUUCACCUCUGGGGCACAGAGGAGGUUGCUGCCUGGCUGGAGCACCUCAGUCUCUGUGAGUAUAAGGACAUCUUCACGCGGCACGACAUCCGGGGCUCAGAGCUCCUGCACCUGGAGCGGAGGGACCUUAAGGACCUCGGCGUGACCAAGGUGGGCCACAUGAAGAGGAUCCUGUGUGGCAUCAAGGAGCUGAGCCGCAGCACCCCUGCCACCGAGGCCUAGCCUCCGCCCUCUGGGCCUGCGUCCCCCGCGCCUCCCGCGACUGAGCCGGCUCGGCGCCGCUCAUGGUGCUACUCCCGCCGCUCCGACCCGGCCCGGCGGCCCGGCUUCCGGGUCCCGACCCGCAACACAGCUACCUUCCAGCCGCCGCCGCCCCCGCCCCGGGCCUGGGCUCCUCCGCGUGCCCUCCGCGGCGCAGCGUGGGGCACCGUCUCCCGCCCCGCCGGCGCGCUGCGUCCCCGCGCGUCCGAGUCCCCUGGUGUGAGCGCGGCCUGGCUGCCUUCCCGUCCCGCCGGUUCAGUUUGACACGAAGGCGACGCUGGCUCCCCCUUAAGCCCAGCAGACGGUAGUUAGGGUCCGGGGCUGACGAGCUCGCGCCCCGUCCGUCUCGGCCCCUCGGUCCCUGGACCGCGGGCGUGGGGUCCGCUCUGGGCCCAGGAUGCCUGGCCUGUCGUCUCCCCGCGGACAGAGGCUGGUCCGUGUUUCUGUGUGGAGGAGGCUUCCCGGGCUGCCGGGGGCGUCAGGGGCCGCCCAGAGUUUCUCACCCCGGGGCGACUUCUCGCCUCGAGCCGCCAGGUCGGCGUCCCUCCGCGGGGAGGAAGCUGAGCCGGGACCGGCCCCGGCGGCACCCCGGUCCUCACCGCCGGGGACUUGGCCCUUUUCUCCCCUUCCGCCUCCCGGGGGCUGUGCGCAGCCGUCCCGAGGGGCCCGGGAGCGGGGGCGCUGCCGUCCCGAGGGGUCCGUGGGGCGCGCGGCGGAGCAGCCUUGACCUGCCGCUCGCUUCGCACACGCUCUGCCGGCUCCCCGCCCGCCGCGCAGUCGGCCGCUGCGGGGCGCCCCUGGCGGGCCUCCCGGCGCUGAGCUCGGCCGAGGCCCUGCCCCAGGCCAGCUUGUCCCCGCGGGCGGGGUGGCCGCGCUCUGCACGUGCGCUCAGCCGCCCCUCGGAGGUGAGACCCGGCGGUUGUGUGUCACUCUCCGCCCCGAGGUUCCCGCCCAUCAGAGCCGCUGCCGCCGCUGCGGGUGGAGGGAGGUGGAGGAAACCCAGUCGCCACAAGUCCCUGGGUUUCAAAGUAGAACAGGCUGGCCCGGCCCGCGGUGCCAGACGCCGUCUGCUCUGUUGCUUCGAGCGGGGGGGGGGGGCACCCCGGGCUCUGAGGCCCUCAGGGCCGUCGCACAGGCGGGGACUCGGCGGAGGAGGGCGCACGCGGGGCGCGGUGGCCGGUGCUCGGAGGCCACCGCGGCCCUCGGGGGCCACCGCGGCCCUCAGCGCCCUCCCGUGGGAAAGCCUUAGGCUUAGGUCAAGCGUGGUGUUUAAAGGUAACGUCGUCAGUGAUUAGAGCGACACUGUUUACGUGAAACCACUUUCUGAGGGUAGUAAGUUAGAGCGAGUGGGAUAAACACGAGCGUUGCGCGAAGCCGCGUCUGCAGGGCGGCGUCCCACGCGCGUUGUGGUGCGUGUUGCUGCGCGUGGGGCUGCCCUCCGGGCCCCCGCCCCUCCGUGCGGCGGGACGGCUGUCCCUCGGGGCCCCGCGGUCUCACGGUCCUGUCAGUGUAGAGGGAGGGAGGAGGGAUCCCUGGAGUCUUGGAGAAAAGGUUUUGUGCCCUCUGGUGGGGCUUCCCCCAUAUUUAUGAUCUUAAUUUAUACAGCGCCCACCGUGGAAGCAAACGCCUCCUGUAUCGCUAUGUACAUAUCCACAUCUGGGGUUGUAAAUACGUUGUUCUGUGUAUAAAUAAAACAAGCCUGUUUUUGAUCUUA